GUGUAAUGCGUAACCGUAUUUCUAGUAAAGCUGAAUCAUAGUCAUGUGUUCAUGUGUAUGGUGUUGUAGUACAGGCCAUUUUCGGGGCUAUAUGAUUAGACAACAGGUUUAGCCAAUAGCCACUGAACUGGGUUUAGCUACGAAGAACGUAAAGAAUUCCGGAGCAAAUCACGUGACCACGAGUUGUUUGAGGAAGAAAUUACGUAACAUUUUCACUUUGAUGAAAGUGGCCAAGUCUUUUGGCAUUUUUCUCACUCCUAUCUUUUAAGAGCACGACGUGAAAUAGCAGAGGACUUACUUUCUGGGACUUUCUAUAUUAUAAAACCUCAACAGAAGGAUCAGUGCCAUGGCAACUGCGCCGCCACUUAUGGAGUUCCCGCAGCCCCCCUCCUAUGAAGAAACCAUGGUAACCCCUCCCCCUCCUCAUUACCACUUGGGCCCUCCCCCUCCUCAGGGUUACACCUCUGGGCCCCCCCCUCUUCAGGGUUACACCUCUGGGCCCCCCCCUCUUCAGGGUUACACCUCUGGGCCCCCCCCUCCUCAGGGUUACACCUCCGGGCCCCCCCCUCCUCCAGGCUACGCCAAGGUGCCUCAGUGCCCGUACCCUCCUCAGCCUGUUGGCCCCCCUGUCACCAGCCCUGUGGUGUCCGUGCAGACCAUCUACGUGCAGCCGGGUGUGGCCUUUGGGGACAGGCCCGUGCAGGUGCACUGCCCCGCCUGCGCGCAGUUCGUGCUCAGCCGCAUGGAGUACCACAGCGGCACCAUGACCUGGCUCAGCUGCCUGGCCCUGUCCUUCUUCGGCUGUAUCUACGGAUGUUGCCUGAUUCCAUUCUGUGCGGACAGUCUGAAGGAUGUGAAACAUUGCUGCCCAAACUGCCACAACGUCCUGGGAGUGUACAGACGCCUGUAAUGCCUUUCAGCAGGGGUGCACAACUCCGGUCCUACCAGGCAUGCUGGUUUUCCUUCCAACCAGUUACCUUAGUUUUUGUUUUCUGAUGCCCCUAUAUACUGACGGUUCGCUCUUCUACUUGAGCAGAGUAAAAUGUUUAGUAUACACUUGCAGUCUGCGUCUGUAGCUGAAGCUUAUACAAAUGCCACAUCAAGAUAUGAUUAAAUUAAUUAAAUAAUACGAGCAGAAGUUGGCACAAAAUCCUGAAACGGAUCUUCCCUUGUUGUGCUCCCCUGCCCUACUGUCAAGGACAUCAGAAACUUCUAGAACUAAGCACUUGUGUCAAUGAAGAAAACGUAAUCGAGUGAACAGAAUACUAUACUGAAUUCAAACUGACUAUAUGAACAGUAAACACAUUGUAAUUUAAUUACAAUUAAUGAAGUGCUAUUGAAUUUAACUUUUACAUAUAUUUCAAUCAACUGGAUGAAGAUUAUAUUAUUGGAAAAGGAUCAUUUUUGAAAAUGCUUAGAAAAUUAGCAGAGCCAGAUAAUUUUAAGCAGACUGUUUAAUGUAUACAUGGUGGCCUUUUCCAAAGAAAUUCAGGUUCUUCCCAAAAUUAUUUUCAGUGAAAUGAAGACGUGCAACAUACAGAGUACAUUUUUAAAAAAUCUCAAAAAAUGUUGCUUUCAUUUAAAAAGAGUACAGUUAGAAAUAGUUGACAGUUUUAUAAUGUUUUGUGUUUUGAGAAGUGCUAUAUAAAUUCAAUUAUUAUUAUUAUUAUUACCACUUUGUUGUACGUCGCUCUGGAUAAGAGUGUCUGCCAAAUGCCUGUAAUGUAAUGUAUUAUUAUUAAUCAUAAUAUUAUUAUAUUAUAGUAAUCUAAACUGUGAAGUUAGGGUGGAGCGCCUCCUAAAAAUAUGCAGCUAUUUAUGAGAUAAUGGGGUGGAUUGUAAAAUAUUGGGCUAUCACGUAGUGUGGAAGGCCAAAUAAGUUGAAAAUACGCGAAAUUGACAUAUGGAAUCACACGGUGUCAACGUCAAGUGGAUCCACAGGUCGAUCAUUAUACGUCACACACUCCAAAAAAAUAUUUCCACAAAGGAUGCACUCGUGGUUCCUUGCUCCAGAAUUCUUCAGGAGCCUCCUAGCUCCUUGGAGGAGCAUUUAGGACAUUGGAAUGUCCUCAAAGAUGGCGCACCUUGAUCGAUUUGCGGGUCAGUCAAGGACCUCAGAGACAAAUGGCGAAUAAAAUGAGUGAUUGGAAUGUGCCCAUGUGACAUCACAUGAUUCCAGAUGUAAAUUUCAUGUAUUUUUUUGUCCCAUUUGGCCUUCCAUACUAGGAAAGGAAGCAAGAAGGUAAAAAAAUAAGUGGCUGGAAUGCACCCCAGGUCUCAAAAUCUCCACCGUUUUAAAACACCCCAAACGCUGUGAUCCUACACGAGGACGAUACUUUAUUUGUUUCAAUCGGAUAGCCUGAACAGAACCUCUUCCAGACCAGGUUAGCCAAACCCAGGGUUAAAGCUUAAGUUAGCUUGUGAAACCCAUAAUGCCACUUCAUAGCACACCCCUCUGCUCACACGCAUCCUAAACCCAACUCUAAAUUAACCGCGAAUCAGCCCUCACCCUUUAUACGAUUACAAAACCCGCGCAACCAUAGAGUGUUCCACAGCAGUGUCAUUGCACUUACUGGCCAUUACAGUGUACCUGAAAUUUCAGUGACAUGGGUGCAGGCCAGCCUGAUAUGAAGUGGGUCUUAAAAAUGAGCAAAAGAGGGAUGCUGACUAGAAUGACAUGCAGUUUUGGUGGUGGUAAGAUAUACAGCUAAACAAUGUUAAGAGUUACUCAAUUUCCUUGUUUCCCACUGGCGAAGCUGCUGUUUUUUAUUUUCUAAUUUCUCAAUAUGAAUACUGUCUUGUUUUCCACAUAAGACUAUUAAAUAGAUUAAGCAAAGAGAUGAAGUGCAACAAAAUCACUUCUUUUUUUAGGACUAGUAAAGUCAGUUAAUGGCAAAAAUAUUAAAUGUACCUGACACCAGACUUUAAAUGUUAAUGUAGUUCACGAUUGUUUGUUUAUAUAGUUUGGGUCCAUGUUUUUUUACUGGCUCCCAUAAAUGUAUUUGUGUCAUUAAUGUUCACUUUUCCAUUGUUCACCAUUGUUUAAUAUGGCAGUGUAAACAGAAACUUUCUUGCACACAAAUAAAUAUAAUUUUAUAGA